AACGUAUAGAUAAUUAUUAAAAUCCUUAUUUAAAAUUACGCAUCAAAAUUUUUUGUAAAUUACAAAUACGACAAUAUUGACACAGCCUUUUUAUGAUUCUGAAAUGGAAAACUUCUCUGACAGAAGUAUAACUCUAGCACCAAGUGAUGACUUAAAUUAUUCGAAGUAUUGGGUUAAUCCUUGCAUCGGUGCCGAGGUAUUGAGGGGCAAAAAGUUAAGAGCACAAAAGUUGAAAUCUGAACAAGUUGCACGUGAAUACGAUGUUGUGGAUAUAGAUUUCGAUAAGCCUUCAUGUUCUACAAAAAGAUUUCAAAGGAAUCGGCUAGUUGGGCAUGACCAAAAUUGGAUCAAAUUUGGUCAUGAAAGUUUAUAUCCCAGUCGUUCUGCUACCGUUAUGAAAAAGAAGAAAAGACACAAGAGUCCUUUAAGAGCAUCUACUAGAUUGAAAAAUCAGCGAACUCAUAAUAAAUGCCCAAUAAGGAUCGCCGAACUAGCUGUACCGACCAAGAGACUUUGCAUAGAAACGUGGAGGAAUAAAGGCGAAACUCUUCCUAGUUUCAUGGUAGAAAGACUACGGCAGUUAAUUAUGGAUGAAAAACCUAUAGUAAAAAUAAAUGAAGCCAUAAACAGUUUCAAGAAGCGAAAACCACCAGGAAAGCCAAGGUCACAAAAAAAACAAUAUCCAUACGUAAAAAAUAAAAACUUGGACCAGAUCAUGUUAUUAUGUGCUUUCUUUGGAUAUAAGAUAUCAAGAAAAUUGCUGUCACCUCUUAACAUCGCACUUAAUUCGCGUCUAAAACCAUUAUCACGAAUAGUAAGUGAUGAGUUGACACUUAUUUUAUGCAAUAACGGACGGCAAUCGACCCAGCAUAUCAAUAGUAACAUUCAGACUGAAUUAGCAGGCAAGGUGACAAUAUGGAUAGCAAAUAUCCUCGACGACGCAUCUUACAAGCUGUUACUAGAAGAUUACCAAGAACUGAAAGAGCACGAAGGAUUCGUCUGGGAAAUAAUUGAUGACUUAGUUGACAAUGUUGUGGUAAUAUCGAAACCUGAAAGUUUAGCCAGCUUGAUUGAAUCUACGAGUAUAUCAGAACUACCAUCUGACUUAUCUAAUGAAGUAACUAAUAUUCAAAAUAACGAGCAAAAUAUGGAUAUGAAAACUGAACUAUCUGAUAAU